CGCCUGGUGGGAACGCGGAACAAACGGCAACCCUGCUGCUUUGUCCGUGUACUAGCAUAGCAUUAUAUUAAGUGGCAGCAGUUUGCACUUAGCAGUCGGACGGUGUAGAGCAGAUGGUCUCACUCUCAGGCCUGAGAGGACAAACAACCCAUAUUUUUCCUGCAUUGAGUAAAAGCUACUAUUCCAAGAUGGUGGAUAACUUGAAGAAAGUGCUGGAGUCUGUAGCUGCAAUAAGCACUGUCAAGCAGGCUACAAUUACUAGUAUAAGGGAAAACUCCUCUGGUAAAGAGGAUGUUGGAGUUGAGAUACAGUGGAGCUGUUUCAACUUGGCUGGCUCAGAAUAUACCCAUAAUCUGUCUAAUUACAUUGUUCAAGAUGGCAGGAUUAUGUCCUACCAUCCUGCCCCACUAAGCAAGAAUGUAUUAUUGCGGCAGACAAGUAACUCAGGCAGAAUGACUGCUUGUGUCAUGACAUCAGAUAAAGACAAAGAGAAAGAGCAUAUGAUGGUAAUGAAGACAGAUGGAUUUAUGACCACAAUUGACCUCAAAGAAAUCGAUAAACAUGGAAAGGUGUAUGCAGAUGAGGAAUUCUCCUGCUUGGAGUGGUCACCAGAUGAGACAACACUUGUUUAUGUUGCUGAGAAGAAACAGCCCAAGCCCACCAGUUUCUUUGCUUCAUUCAAAGAGGGAAGUGAAGAUGGAAGAGGCCAAGAGUUUCUUUACAGGAAUGAUUGGGGGGAGCAGAUGAAAGGAAAACACCAGGGUGUUGUGUGCUUCCUUAAUGUGAGCACUAAAGAACUUAGGUGCCAUGAGCUGCCUGACAACCUGUGUCCAGCCCAGAUGGUGUGGACGGCUGAUGGCACUGGAGUAUUUGGAGUUGCUUUUGAAAGUCAACCAUUUCGUCUUGGCUUGGUGUAUUGCCACAACAGAAUGUCCAAGCUCUUCCAUAUGGAUAUGAAUGGAACUUUCACUGUAAUUUCAGAGGGCUGCAGUAAUGUUCGAACUCCACGUGUCAGCCCCGAUGGGAAAAAAAUAGCAUUCUUACGAUCGAAAGUUGGAGGGCCACAUGCAAAAUGUUCCCAGCUGUGUUUGUUGUCAUGGCCUUCAAAGCAGGAACGGAUAGUUGUAGAUGUCGUUGAACGUGAGAAGCGUAUUCAUGAUGACCAUUUGUUCUUUGGCAUCUAUACUUUCUCCGGCCUUCCACGAAGAUGCUGGCUCAAGGACAGUGAGCGGCUUGUGAUUUCAACAGUCUCACACUCUGAUAUUAUAUCUUGUGUUAUACAUACAACUGAUGGUACAAUUGUGGAAAUGCCACAUGUAGGAAGUCAUGUGGUCACUGAUGUGUUUGAUGACUACUUACUGGUAAACUUCUCCACCCUUGCUCAUCCCAACCAAAUUUUGUUGGGCUGUGUUCCUAGCAAAGGUCAAGAGGACUGUAUUAAAAUGAAUCAGGUAACUCCUACUCGAGAGAUUCCAAAUGUAUCAAGUUUAGAGUACAGUGUUUGGGAGUUUGUAAAUGAUACUCCACAUCCUAAUCCCAAGUAUUCUGAUAUCUCCAUUUCUCUUCUAUAUUAUGGUCCAGUGUCAAAUACAAAAGGUGCUUCAAAAAGACCACUCAUAUGCUGGCCUCAUGGAGGACCCCAUAGCAGUUCUAUCAAUUCAUAUUCUAUGGCUGCAACAUUCUUUGUUGCUCUUGGAUACUCAGUUGUCUUUGUGAAUUAUCGGGGGUCUAUUGGCUUUGGACAAGAUGGUGUAGACUCCCUGCCUGGCAAUUGUGGACUGACAGAUGUGGAUGAUGUCCACAAAGCUACCCUAAAUUGUUUAAAGAGAUUUUCAGAAGUUCUUGAUGAAUCCAAAGUUUUUCUUGUUGGUGGAUCACAUGGAGGCUUCCUGGUCACCCACCUAGCAGCCCAGUAUCCAGACUUCUACAAAGCUGUGGCAGCCAGAAAUGCAGUGAUUGACAUAUCUGCAAUGCCAGCGGUAUCUGACAUACCUGAUUGGUCCUUUGUUGAAAGUGGAUUCACAUAUGAACAUGAUAAGAUCCCAGAUGGUGCCACACUCAGCAGGAUGCUGGAGAUAUCUCCCAUAAGCCGAAUUGACAGCAUCAAGGCUCCAAUAUUGCUACUUGUGGGGAAGAAUGAUGCUCGAGUGCCUCCAUCACAGAGUUUGUACUUUCAUCGCUUGUUGCUUGCUCGAGGAGUUGAGACAAAACUUCAUUUAUAUGAUGACUGCCACCCCCCUUCGCAAGGUGGAAGUGGAAGCUGAUUGUUUAAUUCACAUAGCUCUCUGGCUUGGAAAACAUUGGACUGAGGCCACAGAGUAGCUGUAAACACGGAAAACUUCCUUCAGAAGCAGAAAUAGACAUUUAAAGAAAAGAAAUAGCAUAUGUCACAUCCUAAUGGGUAAAGGAGGCAAGUAAAAAAAUAAAUAAAUAAAUAUAUAAAUUAUAUAUAUAUAUAUAUAUAUAUAUAUAUAUAUAUAUAUAUAUAUAUAUAUAUAUAUAUAUAUAUAUAUAUAUAUAUAUAUACACACACACACACACACACACACACACACACACACACACACACACACACACACAGUGGAACCUUGGUUUUCGAACUUAAUUAAUUCCUGAAUGCUGUUCAGAGUCUGAAAUGUUUGAAAACCGAAACUAUUUUGCUCAUAGGAAUCAAUGUAAAAUAGAUUAAUCUGUUCUCAGACACCCGUCCACUGUGUCUUAUUGGGUAAUGACCGAUGUUCCCACUGCUAAGAUGGCUGCUCCACAACAUCUCCAGCUUAGAAAUUUUUUUUUUUUCAGAAAAGAUAUAUUGAAUGUACUUAGUGACAGAACUCAUCAAAGGAUAUUGUUUAGACAGUGGAGGCAUUCUCUUUGUCACUGAUCAAGUGAGGGAAGCCUUACAGAGUGACACAGAGAGGAGCAACCCACUAUGCCAAAAUGAAGGGGAUCAUAACACAUAGACAUUUUGCUGCUAGGAAAAGCUACUGGGAAAAUGCAGUUGUGCUGUAGUGAUGGUUUUGUGGGUCAUGGAGAGAGCCACAAGAGGCUUGGGAUUACUUCUGAGCAGUGAACCUUGUUUGUUUACAUCAAGGUUCUUCAGUGGGAUCACAUUUAACUUAUUUCAAAGAUUGAAAUACUGUCUUACCCUCUGUGUCUUCUCCAAAUAUAUAAAAAAUGAAGGAGAUAUUUAUAGAAACUAUAAAUUAGUAAUAAAUGGCAGCUUUUGUAGUAUUUGAAAUCAAAUAACUUUAUUUGAAAACUGAAUUAUGGUACAGCAACCAAAGCAGUUACAAAUUAAAAUUUUUGUUUGAAGACCGAGUUAUUCAGAAAGGGAGAUGUUCAGUAAAUGAGGUUCCAUUGUGUGUGUAUAUAUAUAUAUAUAUAUAUAUAUAUAUAUAUAUAUAUAUAUAUAUAUAUAUAUAUAUAUAUAUAUAUAAUCUGUGUGGAAUCCUACAUAUUUUCAGGAAAAAAAACUUGUAUACAAAUAUUGCCCAACUUACCAGCAAGAUCCAUACCAAGAUGCUGUUUGUAAGUCUGUAAUUUAUACUACAGUAUACAGUUUUUAUGAUGUAUGUUCUGGUUACAGACAGCUGAAAAUUUGGACAUACCAAUGUAAACAAUAUUUCUGUGGUACUUUGAACAACCUUCAAGUACAUGAAAUAAAGUUUUUAUAGUAACAAAAAUAAGCUCUUUAAUUUUACUUGGGAAGGGUUCAUGCAUACUGCAUGAGCUCAUUUGGGCACGUACAAUGAUUUAUGAUACUGCUAUUGUUCAUGACUCCUGUCUCCCACUCCUACUGCUGUCACUCGGUGGACAUGCAAAUUAUUCGUAUGUGCUAAUUUUGAACUUUGAGAACUUUGUUCAUAUGUACUGAAAGUCUGUAACUCAAAUGUUCAUAAUUAAGGAACUAUCUGUAUAUAUGUACUGUUUAUGAUUAUCGUGGUCAGGUUUUAAUAAUGUUGCCACUACCUUCUGAUCUUAAAAGAUUGAGGGAUGACGAAAACCUCA